AUGGAAAAUUUCAUGAUGCUUCCACCUUUCAUCCAAAGCCUUUUUGUCCUUAUCGGAGCUCUAUACCUGGCAACUAAAAUAUUCAAUUACACCCGCCUCCUUUUUAGUCUAUUUGUUCUAAAUGGAUAUGAUCUUCGAAAGUAUGGUCCAAGGGGUACGUACGCCGUCGUUACAGGGGCUUCAGAUGGGCUAGGAAAAGAAUACGCUAUCCAACUUGCCCAAAAAGGAUUCUCUUUAAUCCUGGUUUCUCGUACGGCUACAAAGCUUGAUGCACUUGCGGCUGAAAUCACCAAAAAUUAUGCGAGCUCAUGUGUGAAAGUCAAAACCUUAGCAAUGGAUUUUUCAAAAAACAAAGAUGAAGACUAUUCUCGACUUUCAGAAUUAGUCGAGGGGCUCGAUGUCGGAAUACUGGUAAAUAACGUCGGCCAAAGUCACUCUAUUCCGGUACCCUUCCUCCAGACACCGAGCGAAGAAAUGAGAGAUAUUAUCGCGAUUAACGUCAUGGGUACUCUAAAAGUGACGCAAAUUGUGGCGCCAGGGAUGGUUUCACGAAAACGUGGCCUUAUUCUUACGAUGGGAUCGUUCGGUGGGCUAUUGCCAACUCCUUUGCUAGCGACAUAUUCUGGCUCCAAAGCUUUCUUGCAACAUUGGUCAACGGCACUAGGGGGAGAAUUAAAGUCAUCCAACGUCGACGUGGAGCUUGUUAUCAGUUAUCUCGUCACAUCAGCUAUGUCAAAGAUAAGAAAAACAAGUUUACUGAUCCCGAACCCGAAGACCUUUGUCCGAAGCGUUCUAAGUAAGAUUGGACGCAGUGGCGGAGCCCAGGAUAUGGCUUACACAUCCACACCAUUCUGGGGCCAUGGAAUAAUGCAUUGGUGGUUAAACAACACUGUCGGCCUUGGUACAAGCUUGGUUGUUGAAAAGAACAGACAAAUGCAUGAAAGCAUCCGACAAAGAGCUCUCAGGAAAGCAGAACGGGAAGCCAAGCGUUGCUAA